CCCGUAGAAUAAACACCCACUGCUCGUUCAGGGCGAGUAGGUUAAAGCGACCUCGGUACAUCUGGUUAUAAGCCGCGAAGCGCCGCUUGGAAACCUGAUGCCUCAAAAACCCAAUUCUCUUAAACGCAGGCAGACAGGGGCCAACAACUGGAGUUCACGUAAUGGCCAAUGCGCGCUCACUGCCGUAAUAACUCCGUGCCGUCUCUGCAUGGGUUCCCUGAACUGUCUUCCUGUACACGGAAUAAGUUUUUUUCGACAAAAGGAAAACACAAAUAAAUGGAGAAAAUGAGUGGGAUUGGACUGUAUCUGAUGAUUGUGUAAUCUGACUUCUGCUUCUGUUCAAGUCAAGAACAAGGCCUGUUUGUUUUUGCCUGUAGCUUUGCAAGGAGGCGAUCAGCGAGGAAACCGCACAACUUGAGUCAUACAGUCAGAUUUCACCACUAUUCGGAUCCUACGGACAAUGAAAGGAUGAGAAUUGAUACAUAGCACACUGAAUCAGUUGCUUAUCCUAGCCCUCCCUUGCUGAGUGUUGGCUGGAGCGGGAGAAGCUGUCGGCAUGGAGACGGUAGUGAUAGUGGCUAUUGGAGUGCUGGCCACCAUUUUCUUGGCGUCUUUCGUUGCCCUGGUGGUCGUCUGUCGCCACCGCUAUUGCCGCCCAGCUGACCUGCUGCACCACUUCGACUCCAAGCCUACGAUGGACCUGAUCAGUGCCAUGGAAACCCAGAGUGAGCCCUCAGAGCUGGAACUGGACGAUGUGGUCAUCACCAACCCGCACAUCGACGCCAUCCUGGAGAACGAGGACUGGAUUGAGGACGCCUCUGGUUUGGUGUCUCAUUGUAUCUCAAUCUUGAAGAUCUGCCAUACUCUCACCGAGAAGCUUGUAGCCAUGACAAUGGGCUCAGGAGCAAAGGUCAAAACCCCCGCCAGCCUCAGUGACAUCAUCACUGUGGCCAAACGCAUCAGCCCCAGGGUGGAUGAUGUUGUGAGAUCCAUGUACCCGCCUCUGGACCCCAAACUUCUGGAUGCCAGAGCCACCGCACUCCUGUUGUCGGUCAGCCACCUGGUGCUGGUGACACGCAAUGCCUGUCACAUGUCUGGCAGCAUGGACUGGAUCGACCAAUCGCUGAACGCAGCAGAGGAUCACAUGGUUGUACUUCGAGAGGCAGCAAUGGCUUCUGAACCCGAGCGAAACCUGCUGGGGACGGAUACUUUCCGUCAGGAACAGUCGACCAUCUAGCUUUGCUCUGACAGCACGGGGCUAAAGGCUGGUAAUUUGUCUAAAAACUGCCACACCUUUGCAUAUUUUCUACACAAACACACACAAAUGCUUAUUCGCAAUCCAAUACACAUUACUCUGAACUUACUUGUAUUCUCUCAACCUCACGUGCCAACAUUACACAGAACAUGACACUCAACAGGAAUGAGCUUGUAUGUCUUAAAUGUUAGUCUUUAAACGUGUGACUAUAUGUCUAUUUGUUAAGAUGUUUAUGGCACCAAGAGCACAAGAAAUAAACUUUUUAGUUUUUGUAGAUUAGUGGCAAACAUUAUUAUACCUCAUGUUUCUGCUACCUGAAUGGUGAAAAAGCACUCGAGAGUUCGUCGGUUUGGUAUGUGGUAUGGCAGAGGUGUGAUUACUGACAGUAAUGAUUCACAGCCACUCCUGCUUGCACCUGAAGCUUUCCAUGCUAAACUCUGCCAUGACAGCCAGAUAUUUGAUCCAAUGCUCUGUGCUUGUAUUUCGUACCUCUGGAGCAACCUGUGUAGCACUUGUAGGCAAUGACGUCAUUUUCCCUGCACGCUGAAGGCAUGGGAUUGGUCUGUUAUUGUACACUGCUGACGUCUGUCCUUUUUACAACCUAAUGUACAAACAUGUUCGGCUUGUCUCCCAUUUUGAUUUUAAAAGGAAAACAAGGCCAACAUGGAGUAUGAGGAGAUGGGUAAAAUGUUGACAGAAUCCAAUCCACAAUCCUGUCAUGAAUGUUAUUACUCUAUGACCUUACUGUCCUGGGACACUAGUGUAUGCAAACAGUACCCAUGUAAAGAUUUAAGGUCCCGAGCAUUUUAAGGCAAAGGGGCAAACAAUAAAACGUAUUAUAAUAUAAUAUAAUGAAAAUAAAUAAAUGGAGCACCCAAAAGAGAAAGUGGCCUUGCUCCCAAAUUCAGUUUAAGGGUUGAAUUACAAUAACCAGACGCACUAUGGCCCGCUAUGCUUUAUUCGCUAUUCGCUGCACGCCUGCUUGGCACAGAGAACACAGGUGGGCGGUCCCAGUGCACGCCCCAUAAUGGCAGCUCUGGAAAUGCGGUUCUCACAGUCCAGCCCUCCUCCACCGAGCCCCAGCGCUCCGAGGCAGCCGCUAAUCUGCAGGUAAUUAGCAGCCAGGGUACACUGGGAACACUGUCACAGGGUCGCUUUAUACCCCACUAAUCUCCCCUCAGCUAAAACCUCUGGAACUACGGAUUGGACCUGUCGGUAAGGCACUCAAAUUCAGGCCAAGCUGGGCUAGCUGAGAGCGCUGGGGCCACGCCAGCUGAGAGUGCUGCGGGGCUGAUUGGCUGAGAGUGCUGGGGCCUGAUUGGCUGCAGGAGCAGAGUUAUGCAAGUGGGGCAGAGUUAUGGCCUGCACGUUUCAUAAAGAAAAAAACAUCUCUUUCUCUUUCUGUAUUCUCUAUACUGAACGGGAGUAAAGGGCCAGUGUUUGUGCACUGACCCACAUGUUGUUAGCUUCUUUCACAGGGUGUCUCUUGAAGACUGUAAGACUGACCUGCAUUAAGGUCUUACCUGUAUUCUAAAACACUCUGUAAUAGCCUGAACUAGUAAUGUGUUCCUGCUUAUUAGGGGCCUUAGCACUGCAUCUGCAGCACAAUCCCUGUGUUUUUCUCCCCUGCUGUGAUUCAACCUGAAAAACGCAGAACUGAGAACAAAAUUGAAACAAGAAGAAAAAAAUAGUGCACUUAUUUGUUCCUGUGUUUAAUAUUAGGAAACUACUGCCAGCCUUUCAUUUGUAAACACUCCUCAGUUUGACACUGUUAUCUGUUGUUACCAAUGUUUUGUUCUUUUGUUCUUUUUCUUCCCCAUGAACUUCUCACUGAAUAGCUUUUCACAGACAAAAAGAGUAAAGUUUCUCAUAAAAAUUG